AUGAUGCCUCUAAAUGUGUCCAGUGUCACUGAGUUUCAGCUUUUAGGAUUCCAGAACCUUCUUGAAUGGCAGACACUACUCUUUGCCAUCUUCUUGUUCAUCUACUUUCUCACAGUAACAGGGAAUGUUGUCAUUAUUACAGUGGUGAGCCAGGACCAGCGACUCCGCUUGCCUAUGUACAUAUUUCUCAAACACCUCUCCUUUCUGGAGCUCUGCUAUACAUUCAAUAUUGUGCCCCUUCUCCUAGCCAACCUGUUCUCCCAUGGACAAGUCAUCUCCUUCUCCACCUGUAUGGCACAGCUUUACUUCUUUGUGUUCUUUGGAGCUACUGAGUGUUUUCUUCUGGCCAUGAUGGCCUAUGACCGAUAUCUGGCCAUCUACAGCCCACUCCACUACUCUUCCCUGAUGAGUCCUGAGAUCUGCACCAAGUUAGUGGCAAUCUCCUGGUUGACAGGUGUUGGCACAGGGCUUCUGCCCUCCCUAAUGAUUUCCAAGUUGGAUUUCUGUGGGCCUAACCGGAUCAAUCAUUUCUUCUGUGACCUCCCUCCCCUCAUGCAGCUCUCAUGUUCCAGUGUGUAUAUCACUAGGAUGGUCAUCUUUAUUCUGUCAAUUGCAGUGUUGUGCAUUUGCUUUUUUCUCACACUUGUAUCCUAUGUUUUCAUUGUGUCCACCAUAUUGAGAAUUCCUUCAGGCUCUGGCCGGAUGAAGACCUUUUCCACAUGUGGCUCCCAUUUGGCUGUUGUCACUAUCUACUAUGGCACCAUGAUCUCCAUGUAUGUCUGCCCCAAUGACCACCUGUCACCUGAAAUCAACAAGAUUAUUUCUGUCUUCUACACUGUGGUCACUCCACUUCUGAACCCUAUUAUCUACAGCUUGAGGAAUCAAGAAUUCAAAGAGGCUGUUAGAAAAGUCAUGAGAAAAAAGUGUGAUAUCUAUGGAGGAAAAGUGAAGGGCAGUUUCUUUAUUAGGUAA